UAAAAAUGCAGAAUUAAUCAAAAUAAGAGAAAUAUUUUUAUGUUAUUGUAAAUAAGUUUUUAAGAAAAUAUGGAAGUGGAAUACGACGACUCUGGUUGGCAGGGCCGCGCCAAAGGACAAACCAAUCCGGAGGAAAUGCUCGAGGACAAUCCGCAGAAGACGAUACAGGAAUGCCUGGAGAAGUUCCUCACACCGGACUACAUCAUGGAGCCCGGUAUAUUUACGCAGCUGAAGCGCUACUUCCAGUCGGGCGGAUCACCGGAGGAGGUUAUAUCGAUGCUAUCGGAGAACUACAAGGCGGUAGCCCAGAUGGCAAACCUGCUUGCGGAGUGGCUAAUUUUGGCGGGCGUCAAGGUGACCGAGGUGCAGGCCAUGGUGGAGAAUCAUCUGAAGGAAAUGAUACUUAAGUCCUUCGAUCCCAAGAAGGCGGACACCAUCUUCACGGAGGAGGGUGAGACGCCCGACUGGCUUACCGAGAUGAUCGACCACUAUACGUGGCGCUCGCUAAUCUACCGACUGGCCGAAGAGUAUCCCGACUGUCUGAUGCUCAACUUUACAAUCAAGUUGAUCUCGGACGCGGGCUUCCAGAGCGAGAUCACUUCCAUUUCGACGGCGGCACAGCAGAUUGAGGUUUUCUCGCGGGUGCUAAAGACCUCGAUCGUUAAGUUUCUGAACAAUCCGGAUGACGUGCAUGGCGCCAUUCAGGAGUGCGCCCGCAUGGUCUGCCAUGGGCAGCACACCUACGUCUAUUCCCAAGUGCUCAUCCAGGUCCUCAGCCAGGAGCAGAAGGGCGGAUUCAACAUGAAGCGUCUCUCCCAGGAAAUUAUUAAAUACGCCUUGCAAAACAAUCAAAAUGUGACGCCUAUUACAAUGGCCCUGAAUGGUUCGGCGGUCUACCCGCAGGCAUGUCAAGCCCUUACAUCCAUGCUCACCCGCAAUACACUAAAUCCCGCCGAUAUCACCGUGCUGUUUCGCAACUACUCCGGAUCCGAUCCACCGCCCAUCGACUUGAUACGAAACCCCCAGUUUCUGGAGCUGCUGGUAGACGCCCUCUUCCGUUCCGGUGUUAAGAUUAAUCCGGAGCACAAGCCGAAGUAUAUGUUUCUGCUCGCCUACGCGUCCGCGGUUAUCGACCAGCCGGCUAAAAAGCGACCAAUGACUGAGCGCAUGCUAAACAAGGAGGAGCUAAAGAGCACCAUUCAGGCAAUCGAAAAGGCACAUACCAUUUGUAAUGUGGACCAGGGAUCCACCGAGCUAAUCGCGGAAUUGCAGACGCUGUACAAUUGCAUCAAAUAUCCCGUGGUGGGUGUUGGCGUCAUUCGGUGGAUUGAAAACGUGGUCAUGGAGCCUUCGUAUUUUAAGCUUUCCACCGACAGCUGUCCCACGCAUUUGGCGGUUCUCGAUGAAGUGGCCGCUGUCCAUCCCACCCUGCAGCAGCAGAUCCUGUUUCUGCUCAUCCGCUUGUUUGAGUCCAAGCAGGAUGAGUUGGAGAUUCUCGUUCAACUGGAAAUGAAGAAAAUGAUCCUGGACCGGAUGGUUAACCUGCUGACACGCGGCUGCGUUGUACCUGUUCUCAGAUACAUAAAGCAGUGCUGCGCCAUCGAGGACACGGACAUUUCGCUAAUCCGAUACUUUGUCACCGAGGUGCUAGAGACCAUUACACAUCCGUACUCGCCGGAAUUUGUGCAACUGUUCCUGCCGAUGGUGGAGAACGAGGAGAUCACCGGCACAAUGCGCGGCGAGGGCGACAACGAUCCCGUGUCCGAGUUUAUUGUUCACUGCAAGGCGCAUUACACGACUGUAUAGAUAGUGACAAUAGAACGUGCUUUACAGGCGACUUCUGUUCAAAGACCCCUAAAAGCCCAAUUUUCAAGUACAUUUUUUCAAAAUACACAUUUUUUUAAGGAGAGUCUUUCAAAGAGAAGUACGCAAUUCUUCUACUAAGCUAAAGAGUUAAACAAAUUUACAGUGUAUCUAUCUAAAUUUAAUUAUAAACAUAAAAUCUAUACUGGUAAACUUUCACUAGGCUUUAAAACUUUUCGUCCUUUUUUUUAUAUUAUGCUCAAAAGCCCAUUGUCGGUGCUCUUUAAUUGUUUUAACAUUUAUAAAAACGCAUUUAAUUCAACAUUUUGAACUAACAUACCUACAUUAUUAUGCUUCCAAAACAAUAUUUUCGAAUCCAUAAAAAAUUGUAUAGGUCUUAGGAAAA